CCUAUAAAUAUAGACGCACCGCGCAGUGGAGUAGAUGCCAUUGCUAACAAGCACGACGUAGGAUACGAUAAUCUGCUAAAGGAAGCAAGAGAACGACCAUUUACAGAAGAAGAGUUUAGACAACGAGUUCAACAGUUGGAUGCAAAAGCUAUAAUUGAUUUCGCAAUUGACUGGACUCAUACACGAAAUUGGCAUUCAUUUGUGGGAAAAUACGGCCUGAAAUUGAAGACAGCUGUUGAACAACGUAUUGGAAAAACUUUGUAGCCGAAACAACCAAAUGCCGAAAAAACAGAAUUAUGAUAUUCCACCGUGGGAACGGUCUAAUUGGGAGUUCAUGCAUGAAGGCCAGAAACGCUAUGCCUAUGAACAAUGGCUAAUGUCUCGUGUUCGCCGUGGUUUGCCUAUAGAUCACGACCGUCCAUCAGCAUCUGGUUCAGCCACUGGAACAAGUUCUGUAGACGAACAUCACGUCGACCACGAGGUAUCAAACAGCGAAGAAGACGAAGACGAACAAGGACCAGAAGAAACACAACAACAUUCUGAACCACAACGUUUAGUACCAUAUUCUGAUAGUGACGAAGGUAUGAGUUCGCCAAUGCAGGUAGAUUCAGGUAAACGUCAGGCUGCAGCAGGUCAUUCUGGUGGGUCUAAGAAAAAAAAAAAAAACGUUAACAGGUACUGCAGCACCAUCUGCUAACGUACUGGGUGAUUCUCCUAAUACUCGUGUUGAUCCGUUACCUGCUCCUUCUAUAUUAGAUACUGGUAAUAUUACAAGAUAUCGCAAAGUACAUAGAAUUUUCACAUAUGGUUUAGCACAUACAGUGAUUGAACAUGAAAAGGUAGUAUGCAUGGUUACUCCUUUGGCAGAAAUUCCCAUUGAUAGGCCAUUUUUGUAUAUGACACCUUCUGAAUUCGAUUUAUUAUCUGAUGGUAGUAGAAUUGUUCAUUGUUCUGUAAAAGUAAUUACACGAAAUCCUAGAAUUGCUUUUCCCACUAAUUCAAGUGGUACAGAACUUGCAACAUUAAAUCAAAAUAAGAAUAUGAUUACAAGUGAAGGGAUUAAUUUGAAAAUACCGGGUAUUAAUGUAAAACCUACAGCAUUUACAGCAAAUGCACCUAUGGAAACAACUGCCAUAGAUCAUAAACGAAAGUUUGAUUCCAUUUGGAAGUCAUGGUAUGGUUAUAGAAAUGAUGAAGCAGAGUUUCUUACUAAAGUGCCUGCACAUCAAUUUGGACAACCCAUUAAUUUGAAAUAUUAUUGUGCGUGUGUUUCUAGCUCAAAAGAUAAGGGUUUACAUAAUUGGGGUUGGAAAUGUGUACAGUCUUGUGUUUCGGAAGUAGAUGCAGAUGCACGAACAGGAAGUGUUAUUGUUGACUAUACUUACACACCAACAUUAGGUUUUCUCAAAAUUCCAAAAGUAGCCAAUGUUGAUAUUUUUCCUAUUACAAAUACUGCUCAAAAUGUAAUUCAAAGGUAUAAUAUUAAUGCUGAUAAGCACUGUAAACCUUUUAUGUCAUGUGAUAGUUUUUCUUUAACCCCUUUUGAACCAGCAAGAAUGGAAGAACAAUUAGUAGGAGCUGUUACUCCAGUCACAAAUGCAGAAGCAUCUGGAUAUAAUAAUUUAAUAGAAAAAGCUGAUAUUGCUUCUGCCGGGUAUAAUAUUAGACUUCAUGAUACAAAUGUUCAACUGAGCCUUCAUGUAGGCAUUAAUCCUACAUAUGCUUUAAGUACAAGCAGUUUAAAUAGUGAUGUUACAAAAUAUACUGAUACUCAAAUGUUAUUUGAAGUUAUUGCAGAAUGUUCAGUGUAUGCAGAUGGUCUACAGACACAUUACCCUAGAGCAACUGUAUCAAAUGUUCAAGUAUCAGAUAUGAUUUAUAUGUCUAAUGUAAAAAGGAAUGAGGAAUCAUCUGUUUAUAAGCGUCAAUAUGAAAUUAAACAAUUGUAA